AUGACUGCACUUGUUGAUUCGGAAGCGGUGGAUUCACCGUCGCCUCUUCCUUCCAAAAGUCUACUGAAACGAUUUCGUAAACGACUUCUCAGUGUUGAUGGAAAAGCGAGUGCGCUCCCAGCGACAUCUCGAAGUUCCGAUGAUCAAUCAUCUCCACGUCGUCCACUCUAUGUAGACAUUCCGUUAGCAAAUGGUUUGAAUGACAAGCGAAAAAGCCCGGUGACGAGUGUCGUUGAUUUUGUUCGAGGACGUAAUCGCACGGCUUCGCUGAACCUAUCUGGAUCAGCAACACCUCCGUCACCACCGGCAGUGUCUGUGUCAGCCAGAGCGUCAGCGUCAACCGAUGGAGGCAUGCCAACGUCACCCUUGUUUUCACCUAGUCGUGCCAAUGUUCGUCCUCAUUUGUCCAGAAUGUAUCGUCCUGGAAUGCGUAGCCUAGAUUCUGGUUUAGACCUCAGCUCACCCACCAUUGGACAUCAUGCUCUAUUCAUCAAGGAGGAUUUUACGCCAGGAUCAGUUUUUGGACUCACCAUCAGUCGAAUCUCUUGCCUUCUCAGUCUGGACAUUUGUUUUCCACGAACUGUUCUUUUUUGA